GGAACAUGAAGUAGAAGAAACGUAAACACGGCGUUUGCAUAACGCAAAAGCAACCACCACCCAGGAUACGAUGGCAACGAUAAAGUACAUCGGCCGUACCACGGAUUUCCGUGGCAAAACACUGUGGGAAAUAGUGGGAAACUUGAAAAACUUUGGUGUAGGACGUGUCGUUGUCCGGAGCAUGUUCGAACGCUAUCCCGAGCCAAGCUUUAUGAAAAUUGUGAAAGUUGAAGCACUGCCGAAUGAGGAACCUGCCCGCAAGGUACGGGUAACGGUGGAGAAAACGUUCCGCGGUCAAACGAGUCCCAACCUAGUGCAGAUCGAAAGUGUAUCCUACAAGGCGGACUACCGAUUGCUGUCCAAACACGAGGAAGCUUCCUACUGCAGGCUGGUCGACCGACAGGAGAAGAUAUUCCCGCGUGAAAUCGAUCUGCCACCGUUGCUGAAGGAAUUUAUCGCACGCGAAACGGGAAAACCAGCGCCAAAAGUUCCGAUCAAGCUAAAGGUGGGUCGUGAAAGCCGAUACCGCGUGGCGAAGGAAGGCGAACGACCAACGGUUGAUGUUACGAUGAACAUCGGCACACCGGCAAGCCCUAGCUUAUACGCCAACUGUGAACUAUAA